GACAUGUGACGCGCUCGCGCUCUGUUUGCAUCGCGCAUGCCCUUGAAAACCUCGUCAGAGCCGCUCUGGUGACGAGUGUCACUACUUGAUUUAGCCCACCGCUUUCAAAAUAUAUCAGGUCAACGAUAACAGCGCCAUGGGGUUUCUACUGUCUAAAUCCAUGGAUGCAAACUUUAAAAAGCAACAAGAAUUCAUGCUCCACAAUGCACGGCUGCAGAUGGAACGCCAGCUGCUGAUGCAGAACCAGAUGAGAGAGAGACAGAUGGCGAUGCAGGUCGCCUGGUCCAGAGAAUUUCUCAAAUACUUCGGGUCUUUCUACACCAUCACUACGGUCGGACUCACCUUAGGUGCCCUUAAAAGAAGAAACCCUUCCUUUUUGGCUCCCAUCAUCCCUCUCAGCUUCAUAUUGGCUUACCAGAUGGACAGCGCCUACGGGACACUUAUUUACCGUAUGAGAGGGGAGGCUGAGAGCGUUAUGGCGUCUGAACACGACCGCCUGGACCUUCCUCACGGGACUCCAACGUUCGAUAGCAUAGAGAAAGCCCGCCGCGCUAGAAGCAGCCUCGCCUCCUUGUUAGAGAAUUGACGCGUUGGACGUUUGAAAGCACAUCGUAAAAGUCCAGUCGAUGCAUUCACACGCCCUGCUUUUGCUUUAAAAAAACGUACGGAAGCUAACGGUCUUUUUCACCUUAUUAAGUCUAUGGUUUUCACUAAUUCUUGUUAAAUAAGUCUGAAUAUAAUUGAAUAUAUAUGUAAAUGUAGGCCAAACAAAAUGUUGAAGUAAUUAAGUAAUAUGCUGUCAUCACUGUGGGAGAUCAUUGAGUAAAAUGGUUGAACCAUUUUAGAUUAUUGCAUAGCGACAAAUAAUGAAAGCUGCGUCCCAAAUCCAGACUAUAAACUAAUUAUUACUACGUACUACAUAUUAAUUUUACCGUAGUUUUUAGAAAUAUAAUUCAAAUUGCCCUUUCCAUUGUGUACUACUAUUGUAAUACUAUAAUACACAUGUGAUAUAUAUAUAUAGUUUUACAGUAGUAGUAAUACUAUAUAUAUAAUGUAUAUUUAUUUACAGUGGUAGUACACAAUGAAAAAUAAGGCAUUGAUCAAUGACUAUACCAAUAUGUAUGUAUUUAUUCUUUUUCAUUGUAUACCUGCCUUCAGUAUGAAAGUGAAAAGUACACCCCUGGUGUGUACCUUCUUUUUAAUAUUAAAGGAUUCAAUACUUUGA